AUGAGAGCUAGUCCCUAUAUGCAAAUUUGUCCGACGAUACAUAAGAUCUAAUGACAGUCUUCUUUGCUUUAUUCUGCAAAAUAAAGUUAACAUAUUUCUUUGUCUUUCAUAAUUCGGCUUCCAGAGUGGAAAAUUCAAUACAUAAUUAUAAUUUCUUCGCAUUGCGUGGCCGUUGCUUCAAGUAUUUAAAAUCGUAUUCGAGAUGUUGUAUUCUUUCUAUUGGUGACGUUCUAAGGCUUGCAACAAACCGCUUUUUAUGCUUCUCCUAAAUUUCAUUCCAGAUUCCUCGUCUCUUUUCAGUCGAUGAGCUCUUUAAUUAUUCGUACUUUGGUCCCCACUCUUGCUAGAACUUAUCUGUUUCUUCCGUUUCGUAGAAACUUUUCUUGUUCGCUUGAAUUUGUUUGAGGAAAUGUAGUGGCUUUCUGUUUCUUUCAUGAGUCGUGAGGUUGACUCAUCUUGUAAAUUAUGACUGCUUAUUGCUGCAAGCGGACACGAAAAACUAGCUUGAACGAGUUGAAAAAAGAAUAAACUACAUUCAAGAAAACGCACAACAGGGAAAUCGCUCUUUGUGGAGCAUUGGUCAUUUCGUUUCCCCAGCUAAGUUUUGUAUUAACGUUGUUUCUGUCAAAUACAAUGAAAAAACUGAGGGAAUCGUGAAAUUUCUGAACCAGCUCAUGAAAUAAAACUGACAAAAGCCUACCUACAUUUCAUGGAGGUCACAGUAUUUUCAAUCAUUAUUUCUCGCUUGCUUGCUUUCGAGAGUGAAAUUUAUGGCUUGAAAUGAUUGACACUUUAGUAAUAAAUUUCUGACGCUUUCGUUGGAUAAGUGCAGUCUCAAGGAAGGUUUUGACCUUUCUUGAGAGCGCACUUCGGCACUUUGAGGUUUUGAAGUUUCUGUGGCAACUAAGUACGACUAGUCAAGAUCAGUCAAGUGAAACAGGACCCGUUCUCAAAAAGGGUUAGUAUCAAGUCAACUUCAAAUGCACGCAGGGCGAAAACAAGCUCGAUCACCUCAUCUUUUAAUUGCAAUUUUUUAAUAUCCUGUCAGUUGUGCCAAGCGUAAAGGAAAUCUGUAUAGUACACUUUUUUCAAGGGAAUUACCUUAAGUUUUGCUAAGGCUCAGUAUUUCUGUCUAAACCGAAGUCGUAAAAGUGUUGGCAAAGGUGACUGCCAUCUUUGUUCUGCAGUUCUUGUCGUUGUAUUCAAAUGAAUUCUCUUGAAGAAUAAGUCUAAGAAUGUCUGUGAGGGAUUGGGAGAGGAUGGGGGUGUUUUCCUCUAAGAAAGAGUGAAUGCAUGGGUCUUUUUUUUUUCUCUUCUCGUCGCUUCGUUAUGUUUUAAUAAAAAUUCUUCGAUACGAAGCGGAAGGUUGACAGGGGCGUACACUAGUUGAAACAUAAGAUUCAUAAACUACUCCGACCUUCGAUUAAAUACUUCUGGUGUGUAUUCAUCUUCAUCUGACAUCUGAUGGCGAACGAAAUAACAACUUAAUGUGUGUUUAAUCUCUGUGAUUCUAAGUUCUGCAUGAGUUGUUGUGAAUGAGUUGUGCGUGUGCCUCUGGUAUUUAGAUUGUUUUGUUUCCAUAUUGCAAGUUAAAAACAUCGUCGUGCGGAAUGCGAAUUUGAUCUCGCUCUAAAAACAGCAAAAUGCGGUAGAAGUUCAUCGAAUCUUCUAAGAAGAGAAUCAAUUUUCUAAGAAACGGAAGCGAUGACAGAAAUUGUUAAUCACGCCAGUAUUUUUCCCACUUUCAAGGAAAUGAAAGAAUUAGAAUAAUUUCACAGAGAAUGAUUUUGCCAGACUUGGAUGUAAAGGAACGUACAUAGAAAUAAACCACGCACAUGAUGCUUGAAAUGUUUCCUUUCAGUUAUGGAAACGUGAGUUAAAUCUUGAGAAUCAGUGAUUCACCCAAAGUAUUUUUCCUCCGUAUGUAUAUAUUUGAACCCUUAAUGAAAAUUUGGUGGCCACACAGACCCCACCCUCUAUGAUUUGCAUACGCUUUGUCUAUGUAAAUUAAUUUGACUAUACAUCAGCUUCUCAGUAUGCACUGUCUAGUGACUACUAAGAUGAAAGCUUCGAUUAUGCCUUACACGAUUGUUUAAUUUUUACGUUUAACGGUCCUCAGAGUAAAUGUUUGGUAAGUAGUAUGCUUUUAUGCAGCACUUCUUUGAUCUAAACAUUUAGCACAUUUUCGAUUCGAACUACUGUAUUUCAUUUAGCGUUAGCCGUCUUAGCCAAGGGGGGUUAGCCAAUUAUUAGAGACCUUUAGAUUCUAAGACGAGUACGACUACGAGUACGAGAUUUUCUCAGUACUAAGUAGCGCUCGUUCGUGAACCAGCGUCAUUUUGGCGGGAAAACGUGGUAGCUGUCGUCAUUCUACUGCGAGUUUUAGCGUGAUGUGAAGUGGCGGAAACAAGAUCAUUCAGAUGUUAGAAGUUUUAUCAUUUUGCGAUCGGGAGAGCGCGUAACUUCCUUCACUAAAGAUAACAGUGCUAACUUUUCUAGUGAAAAAUGGUAAAAUGAAGCUUUCCGGGAAGUCUAUAUUUUGAGAAGACGCGAAAAAACUUUAAGUCAAAUCUCGUACUAGUAUACCUGCCAACUUUUUCUGAGAUAUAAGCGUGAGAUUUUUAUCCUGGGAGUUCUGGGAUUUUUGCAGACGACACGAUCAUUUCCGAAGAUUCCCGAAGAAGUCCGAAGUCUUCCGAAGAAGUCCGAAGACGUCCGAAGUCUGCCGAAGGCGACGUUAUCGAGAAAACGCUUAUCCACAAUAUCAGAGAUCCCGAGGAAGGUAUUGUUAUUUAUUCAUUUACACAUGGUUUUCGUUCCUGACAUGGGUCUGAGUUAACAUAGUUUUGGAAUUGUGUCAAGCAAGACGGCAACAACUCACAUUUUUCAAUCAGGCGUGAGAAAUUGGCCCGCAGGCGUGUGCCGGCGUGAGAUCGAAGUUUUCAACCCGCAGGCGUGAGACUCACGCCUAAGGUGUGAGAGUUGGCAGGUAUAUACUAGUAGUCGUUCUCGUCCUCGAAUCUAUUAAAAGGUCUCUAAUGACGGUAUUGAAGUCGGACGAGAAAGCUGACUUGCCUACCGAUUUAGCUGUUUUGCCUAGGAAACUGAGUUAUAGAGUGUCUAGGAACUAUGUCUCUAUUUUUGUUUGCGUGUAGAUCUCGUGGAUGUUACUUUUUCUGCUUCUAUUGGAAAAGCUUUUUAUUUGCGUUGUCUUUGAAGCGCGAACUUCAACAAACAACAAGUGCACUUUUUUCCGUUCUAAUGACGAACCUUUUUCUAAUACUGUUUACGGGAGAAAGAAAGCACAUUUAUCUUAACAACUUAGUCUUAUCUACAGCAAGUUGAAUCAAAGAUUUUAACCUUUCAAUGUCAAAAUUCCAAUCUGGAUUCUCGCUCUUGCAGAAGUUUCGAUAAAAGUCAUUCUAUUGUAGAUAACAGACAGCUUUAGACUGUAGGGUCUGCUGGGUUCUUUCAAACUUCACUGAAUAAAAACAAAGAAAGUAACGUGUCUAUAACAAAAGCAUUACCUAAGUUCUAAUCGAUAUAGGACUCAAGAACAGUUAACAAUAUAAAAUUUCCAAGAACUGGAAGAAUAAAGAUAUUCUAAUUGAAAUGCCGUAAGUGUCAGACCAUUGAAGAGAUUAAAGAAUGUAAGCUAUAGCCAUACUUCUUGCACACUCGUAAUAUGUGUAUAUGCCUUCCCGCUUUUCUGAGACGAGAAUCGAUUUGCUUGUCCCAGUUUGUAACAUUACCACGAAAGUAAAUGCCUAAAAGUUUAAAAAAUACUUCUUGUUUAAUAUCAAAAGUAUAACAGUGGGGAGAGGUCUUUCAACUUUACCCUUAAGAACCAACUCCUUGUUUUUAGUAAGGUUUAUAGUCAUCACCAAGGUUGUUCUGGGCCCAACUAAAUAUGUUUUCCAUUUCUUGUGGAGUUUGGUCUCGGGUUCAAUUAACCAAAACACUUAAUGUUAAGUCAUCUGCAAAGUGGAUCUGUCUUAAUCAACAGCUUGUAUAUCAUUCAACAUUACAGAAAAUCGGAUAGGCUAUUGUGUAGUGCCUUGGGGUACACCCCUGUCUAUAGGCAAAAAAGGGGCCAUGUUACCAUUAACAAUUACUCUUUGUUGCCUACGAAAUAAGAAAUUAAUAAUCCAAUUAACAAUGUAAGGAUUGAUGGGCAAUUCCGUUAACUUGUUAAUUAAAAUGCAGUUAUUAACUGAGUCGAAGGCCUUAUAUUAGAGAAAUCAAACGCAAAAACCGUAACACAAUCUGCUUCUCCUGUGUCCAGCGAUUUAAGCCACACAUGUUGGCUUUUAAUGAGAGCUAGUAGGGAAGUAUUGGUGCCUUCCCCAUAUGAAAAUUUGUCCGGCGAUACAUAAGAUCUAAUGACAGUCUUCACUGCAUUAUUCUGCCAAAUAAUGUUAUCAUAUUUCUUUGUGUUUCAUAAUUCGGCUCCUAGAGUGGUAAAUUCAAUAAAUAAUUUCUUCUCAUCGCGUGGCCGUUGCUUCAAGUAUCCGGCUUAAAUCAUAUUCCAGAUUUUGUAUUCUGUCUAUAGCUGACGUUCUAACGCUUGCAACAAACCGCUUUUUAUGCUUGUCGUAUAUUUCACUCUAGAUUCCUCCUCUCUUUUCAGUAGAUGAGCGCUUUAAUUAUUCGUACUUUGGUCCCCACUCUUGCUAGAGCUCCUCUGUUUCUUCCCUUUCGUGAAAACUUUUCUUGUUCGCUUGAAUUUCUUUGAGGAAAUGUAAUGGCUUUCUGUUUCUUUCAUGAGUCGUGAGGUUGACUUAUCUUGUAAAUUAUGACUGCUUAUUGCUGCAGGUGGACACGAAAAACUGGCUUGAACGAGUUAAAAAAGGAUAAACUUCAUUCAACAAAACGUGCAACAGGGAAAUCGCUCUUUGUGGAAUAUAGGUCAUUUCGUUUGCACAGCUAAGUUUUGUAUUAACGUUGUUUCUGUCAAAUACAGUGAAAAAAGGAAAUCGUGGAAUUUCUGAACAAGCUUAUGAAUCAGAACUGACAAAAGCCUAGUUAUAUUUCGUGGAGAUCAAAGUAUUCUCAAUCAUUAUUUCUCGCUUGCUUGCUGGCGAGAGUGAAAUUUAUGGCUUAAAAUGAUUGACACUUUGAUAAUAAUCUUCUGACGCUUUCGUUGGGUAAGUGAAGUCUCAAGGAAGGUUUUGACCUUACGUGAGAGCGCACUUCAGCUCUUUGAGGUUUCGAAGGUUCUGUGGCAACUAAGUACGACUAGUCAAGAUUAGUCAAGUGAAACAGGACCCGUUCUCAAAAAGGGUUAUUCUCAAGUGCAUUUCAAAUGCACUUUAAGCGAACUUGAAAAGUCCAGUGUGAACUCACCUAUUGUUUUUAAGUCUGAGCGUCUCUUAACAAAUUAUUUGUAUUAAGCAUCAUUAUAUUGGUUUGUACUGAAAUGAUCAUAACAGAACUCAAUUUCGAAUUCAUCCUUUUAAGUUAAAAAAGAUAGAUGAAUUUUUCAAUAACAAUAACCUGUAUAAAAUACGUUGAAUUGGAUUUUCCUUAUUUAUUUACUUAUUUUUUGAAGUCUGAGCGAUUCACAGUUUUUGCAAAAUAAUUAACACUUAUUAGAAGAGGUUGAGCAAAAUAUCGUGAUUUGUCUGUGGCGAGCUGAUCAAUUAUUUGCCGAAGCCGAAGGCUUUGGCAAAUAAUUGAUCUGCGAGACACUGACAAAUCACGAUAUUUUGCAAUAACCGAGUUCAAUAAUUGUUUUAUCAUUCGAUCACCGAGUUUGUAUUUUUUAAUCGGAAUAUCCCCAGGAAGCGAAGCGAUCUGCCAUUUUCACGCAAGAGAGAUCGCAAGAAGGAGAAAAGCAUGGUUUCCUUUACGCAUAUGCAGAAUAUUAUUUGCAGCUAAACACUUUAAAGCCAAACACAGUUGGACGGCAUUGCGCAUGAGCAGACCUUUAUUUGUAGGCGGUUAUUUCAGGUCACGUGGUGGGCUCUUGGCCAAUGAAAAGAAAGAAAACUUUGCUUCGAAUGAUAACAUGAAUUUUUUUACGGUUGUUCAAGUUUCGAAAAUUUUGCGGGCGUCUGGGAAAUCACUUAGAAUUACGGUCACGCAGGGCGAAAACAAGCACGGUCACCCCAUCUUUUAAUUACAGUUUUUUGAUGUCCUAUUUGUGGCUGUCAAUUGUGCCAAGCUUGAAAUAAAUCUGGAUAGUACACCUUAAGUUUUCCUAAGGCUCAGUAUUUUUGUCCAAACCGAAGUCGUAAAAGUGUUGGCAAAGGUGACUGCCAUCUUUUUGCUGCAGUUCUUGUCGUUGAAUUCAAAUGAAUUCCCUUGGAGAAUAAGUCUAAGAAUGUCUCUUAGGGACUAGGAUAGGAUGGGGGUGUGAAAGCAUGGGUCAUUUUAUUGGCGUCUUGUCGCUUCGUUAUGUUUUAAUAAAGAGACUUCGACACGAAGCGGAAGGUUGACCAGGGCGUACACUAGUUGAAACAUAAGAAUCAUAAACUACUCCGGCCUUCGAUUAAAUAAUUCUGGUGUAUAUGCAUCUUCAACUGACAUCUGAUGGCGAUCGAAGUAAUAAUUUAAUGUGUAUUUAAUCUCUGUGAUUCUAAGUUGUGCAUGAGUUGUUAUGAAUGAGUUGUGCAUGUGCCUCUGGUAUUUAGAUUGUUUUGAUGUCAGCCCUCAGUAAAAUCCGUCAAGUUACUUAUUCCAACGUGCACUUUCCGGCGCAAAACAUCUCGUUUAACAUUCCGUGCUAACUAUAAUUUCAUCUUUUUCAAAAUUAUUUUUACCCCUGCGAUUACAAAUAACAAAUUGUCUUCUUACAAAUUUGGUGGCCGCGCCGACCCCACCCUUCAAUAUUUGCAUACGCUCUCUGGCUAUGCGUAGACUACAGGUCAAGUAGGCAGUUAGUAAACAAACUGAAGCUUCAAUUACACCUUUCCGUUAUAUUUUUACUUUCAACGGUUAAGUAGUAUUCUUGUAUGCGGUGCAUCUUAAGCAGAUUUUUGAUUCACAUUUACCUAGAUAUUGCCAAGGAAGGGUAAUCAGAAGCGACCGUACUUGCGUAACUUAGCUUUAUUACAGCUACGACAUUGAACAUUAGGGAACUUUUCCUUUUUAUUUCCUCUAGGUAUAUGUCUCGAAGAGGUUUAACUCACUUGUUUGCCAUUGCUAUCGGAAAAAGCCCUUUAUCGACGUUAUCCCUCAAUUUCCAUUUUCAAGAAAUAAUACUUGCUGUCGGUUAUCACAACGAUUGUUUGAGACACAUGUAUUAGCGAGAAAAAAAGCUUUAUGGAAGCACUUUAUUCCAUCCACAACAAGUUGUGCCAAAGAUUUCAACCUUUUCAUUAUCGCAAUUUUUUGUUUGUUUGUAACGUUUGGGGUAAUGCUUGAGAAGUACAUUGUUGGACAACAAGCUGUGAUUUAAUUUCUUCGUUAACGUCAACUUCCAUAGCGCAUAUUCCAUAAGGAAGUUUAAUUGGCGAUAUUAACAAGAUGUCUAACGAAAUGCAAAAUGAACUUGACAGCCGUGACACAGGUUUUUCCACUCCUAAUAUUUUUGUUGAAGACAAUAGCUUAGUGUUCUACGUUCAACAUUCCGUGCUAACUAUAAUUUCAUCUUUUUAAAUUAUUUUUACCCGACCGAUUACACAGAACAAAUUUCGGUCCUAAGUGAGUAGAGUAGAAGGGUUAAUCGAUCACUACCUUUAAUUUCAAUCACCCAUUCUUUGUAACGCUGUAUUUUAAAAAUGUGUGAAGCAAUGCGAAGUAGCUUUUUCCCUUAGUCAUACUUCUUAAAAUGCUUUCCUACACUUGGGGAACAAGAAAGUAAUCCGUAGUGACGACGUUGCAGUGCAGCUAUACAAGAAAGCUCACUUGCGUAUAAUUUAGCUCUACAUGUAUUGCAACCGCGAUAUCGAACAUUUGGGAACCUUUCCUUUUUAUUUCCUUUUGGCAUAAGUCUCGAAGAUGUUUAAUUUUAUACUUGUUUGCCAUCGGAGGGUGUAAUUUGCAGGUUGCAGGUUGGAAUUUGAAAAAGAGUUAAAUGUCUUUAAAAAUGGUUAACAGAUCUUCUAAAGCAGGACAUUGCAAUGAUGUUUUGGUGAUAUCAUAUUCAUCAUAUUCUUGACAGGGUCACGCAAAACUGGAAAUUUCAAAUCUCAGUUCUGUAAAAGAUCCUUCAGUUCCAGACCUUUCAAGGUAAGAAGGAAGGUUUUACAUGUAAAUAGUUUUUUUGAGGCAGUUACAUUUCGCAUCCCUCUUUAGACUAUACAGAAUUAUUGUACUCAAGAAACCGAUAAGUUAACCAGAACAAACAGCGAACAGCUUUUAAGAGAAAGCAACCCGCUCUAAAACAUAUCAAGAUUCAACAUGAUCAAUAAUGUAUGAUCGAUAUUGUGCAACAAGACAAAAAUAUUUAGGCCAUGGCAUGAAUAUUUUUUAGGAUUAAUUGGCGUGCAAGAAUUUUUUUUCAUUUAAUUUCCCUAAGGCCUUGCGCGAAUAUUUUUUUUGUACUUCGCCCCCCACCCCCAUAAGUUUUCUAAUGGUCCGUCCCUAAAAAAUGUUUGUCCAUCUUGGCCGAGUCUGUUGUAGCCUCCCACGCAGGCGUUUUUAGGGGAGCUCGUAUUUCUUCCCUCCCCCUGUGGGGAGGGAAGAAAUACGAGCUCCCCUAAAAAGGCCUGCGUGGGAGGCUAAGUCUGUUAAAGAUUGAUUUCUUUCUGUUUAGUACAAAGUUUAGGGACUUAGCAUUUUAGAGGUUAUAGUUGUUCUCAAUGUGGCUUACUAUCCACUGAGCGUGUGUUUUUGUAUGUAUCUGUAUCAUUAAAUUUGUGCGUGAUCGAUUGUUAUUCUUUUCCUAAUUUCCGUGUCUCCGCCAAUUCAACAAGCACAAGCAUAACGAGUUUCGAUAAACAAAGUGACAUAACCUGUCACGCAAGGAACGACACGCAUUAACGUCCGAAAACUCGAAUUCCUCGCAAACUCCGCCUCGAAGUAAAUGUCCUUUUCCUUGAUCAAAAUCUCAGCGAAAUUUACCCCGAUAAUUCGAAUUCUGGUUUUUACAUUUCAUAAAAAAGCAUUAUCAUGUUACCGUUUCUGAUGAAAUUUGAAUUGCACUGUCGGUAUAUCCCGGGAGUGCUGAAAAAUAAGUACUAUCGAUGAUUAACAUGGCAAAUUGAAUAAUCAGUCGACACCAAUAACUCGACACCCGCUAUUAACUCGAAUUGUUUAUCGUUUCCCUCCAGAGUUCGAGUUAUCGUGGUUCUACUGUACAGCAAAACACUGACAUUAACAUCAAGCGCACAAGGGUAUCAAGGGAUUUCCCGGGGGAUUUCCUCUUUCUUUGACACAAGGUGCCUUUUACCCCCUUUCUAUUGGACCAUCGCACCCAAAGAUUAUUGGUCUCACUGUUUUGGUUGGUUUGUGAAUUUUUGUUAGGGUGUAGAACUCUGGUAUUUUAGGUGGAUUGGGUGUUUCAGAUUUUUCUCGUCAUGUCAUCAAUGUUUUUCACGGUGUAGAUCCCUUAUAGGCCAUUUGCACUAAGAGGUCAUGUGACAUCAUUUUUAUGAAAAUGAAAGUUAUAUGAUUUUUUCGUCGAAAAACGAUUAGUGGGUCAUAUCUUAAACAAAAUAACAGUAAUUUGGUUUUUCAAACCCGCACCAUUUUCUUAAAAUGAGUAAGUUCGUAGCUGGUCACGUGACCAAAAUGUGAUUUGUAAAAUUAUGAAUUAAUUCUUUCUGAACAAAUUUCGAGUGUAAGACAGUUUUUAAAAGGGAUCAUCAUUAUGGCUUACAGUGCUUUCCCCCAGGAUCUGGGCUUAAACCUGAAUAAGAGGGAGUUCCGUGAUGCUGUUAAACUACGCUACGACUGGCCAGUGGAAGAUAUCCCUCCACAUGUGCUUGUGGGGAAGCCUUUACGGUUGAUCACUCUAUGAAUUGCAAACUAGGAGGUUUUAUUACUCAAGGCCACAACGAGUUAAGAGAUCUCGAAGCUGAAUUUCUGAGUAUGGUGUGUAGCGAUGUCGAGAUCGAGCCAGUACUUCAAGACAUCUCCGGCGAACAUUUAAACAGAGGAUCUAACAAAGCUUAGGAUGCGAGGUUAUAUAUCCACGCGCGUGGUUUCUGGGAGCGACAUUGAUCAGCAUUCUUCGAUGUGAGGGUCUGUCACCCUAAUGCUGUAUCGAAUAAGAACCUAGAGCCACAACAAAUUUUUCGUAUCCACGAGAACGAGAAAAAGCGUCUCUACUCAAGGAGAGUUCUGGACAUCGAGCAUGGAACAUUUUCACCUUUGGUCUUCACCACAACUGGCGGAAUUGGAAAAGAGUGCUUGAUGUAUCAUAGCCGUUUAGGACAGCUGAUUGUCAUAAAAAAAGGGGAGCAGUAUGCCAAAACCAUCUCAUGGAUCAGAACCUCAUUCGCACUCUUGAGAUCUGCGUUGGUUUGUCUUAGAGGCUCUAGGACAAGAAGAGUGCCAUGUGACGUCAAGAAUGUUGACAUUGACGUCCAAGUUGCUCAAGGAGCCAUUCAAUCGGACUAUUGAUGUGUUUCCUUACUUUUAAAUGGCAAAUAAUCGUCAAUAACGCAUUGAGAACGCUACUUAAUUUCCCUCUUUCUUAGUGAUUUUCUUAGUAAGAAUGCAAAUUGACCUUGAAAAUACUUUCUUUUUUUUUAAAUCGAAAUGGAUUGUUUUAAUUGAAAUGAAAUGUUUUUAAUUCGAACGAUUUUUUUUUAAUUAAAUGAAUUUUUUGUAAUCAAAACUAAGUGUUUUUUAAACGAAAGGAAUUGUAAAUAGUGUUUUGACGGAAUAGUGUUUUUUUAAGUGAAUUAAUUGUUAACAGGAUUUUAAUAGUUAGCAUUGUUAUCAAUAAAAUAUGUUCGAUUAUUUUUACGUGCUCUGUCAAUUUUUGGCCUCAACAAGAUUCCAACUCAUUGUUUAAAGGAAGCAUUGGGUACGUGAGCUGUUAGUACAAGUGGCCUUUUCGGAGCACGACUUUGCUGUGCGUUUCUUUCACCAUUGAUUUAACGAGAGGUCUGUAGUUAUGUUCGUCGUCCAUUAGUAUUCAGUGACCUUCUCUGUAUUUUGUCAGUUUUUUUUCAUGUCUACUGUAGUGAUUCCCUUGUCCGCUGGAUGUCGAUGCCAGUGUUUUGCUGUAAUUCUUUUAAUUCUUGUCGGUCCUUGCGUGACAUACCCGUUUAAAAAACUGGAUCUGCCUCAGAGGCAGCCCAGUUAAAAGCCCUUUAUCGACGUUAUCCUUUAAGUUCGAUUUUCAACAAAUACCACUUUUUGUCCGUUAUAUUAUCACAGUGAACGUUUGACAGGUGUACAGGAGAGAAAACAAGCAACAUCAUCGAAACAGCUUUAUUCCAUUUACGACAUGUUGUAUCAAAGAUUUCAACACGGCAUAUGGGUAAAAAAGCAUAUCAUCACCAUGUCUCUCCGCGCCAGAAAGUUCAUACACCAUCUCAUACCAACCAAACACAGUAGACAAAAUAUUUCUACAAAUUACUUCACAGGCAGCUAUUAAGAGGUCAACUUGAUGCAAGUUUACUACAAGCCCAGUCUGUACAGUAUACGGUGGAACCUUGUAUAACGAAGGGCCAAGGGACUGGCAAUUAUGUUCGCAAAAACGAGGUUUCGUUAUGUCGAGGUUCCACUGUACUAUAUCAUUGUUGUUGGUUACUGUAGUGAACCUGGUAAAGCGUCUAACUCUAGUUCUACUCUAUUUGAACUUCUUUAUAAACGCAGUUGUAAUGUUUGAUAUUUUAAUAUAUUUUUCAGGUAGAAUCGUAAAUUCAGCUGUUUUAACUUUGAAGUCCAUUUUGAAAAUCUGAUACGUUUUCUGUCUGCAAGCAUAGCAGUGUAAUGGCAGAUCCAGACGAAGUGCUUUCUCCAACGGAUGAAAAGGCAAAUUUUCAACGUCUUACGCGUCUGUUGAUGUCUGGGGGCAUCAGGCUCCUAAGAGAAAUUUUUGACAAAUACUGUCCACCAAGAGAUCUUUCAAGAAAGCUUAGUGAUCCUUCGAUAAAGAAGGAGUUGACUGUGAAUCAUCCCAAACUUACCAAACGACAGCGGGAUACUCUUUACCCCUCUCCAGGUGCGUAUGGCGAGUCCACGGACUGUGAUAUAACUCUGUUGUUCAGAUUACUAAGGACCAACCAAAUAUGCAACCUUACUCCUCCUCAUAAUGGAUGGGAUAAACCACUUGCAAGUGGAGAUUAUAGUCUAGCUGCAGAUCUAAUGCGGAUAAAAGACUAUCGGAACAAGCUCGCCCAUGUGACGGGAACCAUGGAUAUCGCAGAUGAUGAUUUUCAAUCCGACUGGAGUGAAAUCCGGGAGGUUCUCCUUAGAAUUGCAGGGCAUUUGAGCCGUGAAGAGAAAAAGAAAUGGAAGAUGGAAAUUGAUAAGUCCUUAAAGAGUCCUCUUACAGCUGAGGAUAAAAGAAAUGUUGAAGAACUGGAGGAGUGGUAUCGGCAAGACCUGGAAUUAAAGAAAACUGUCGAGGAAGGAUUUAAGAGAGUAGAAACUGCAAUUGAAGAAUUAAGUCGGUUAAUGCUAGCAACGUGGUUAAGAGAUAGUCAUACUACUGUUGAGUCAGGUUUAACCGAAGGUAAGUUGCUUUAUAAGACAAUGUAUCGUCACUAUAAUUCAUGCUCAAGAUAUUUUAUCUGGUUAAUUUUCUUCUAAUGAGCUCAUUCUGACCAAUUUAAAAGGUAUACAUCAUUCAACGAUGGUUGAUGAUGACCCACUGACGUCAAUCUUCCAAUAGCCGAAAAAGUGUUGAAUGAAUGAAGGGCAUUAUACCCAGCCUGGGGCUUUUUAUGUAAUAACCGAAUAAUGGUGGGUUAUAACCAUCAUGGUUGUUUGAGAGACCUAUUUUGUUUCCAUUUGGUUUCUGUCUUGAUGCCUUCAUAACAUGCCACCGAGCAAAUGACACGCUUCUGUUUCUUCCUAUUGAAACAAGACACUAUGAGAGUAACUCAGUAUUAACGUACACAAAAUUAACGUACCUAAGAUGAAAAAGAAAAGUAAGGUUAACACUGCACAAGGUACUGACGUUUAGAGGUGAGUUUUGAAAAGACAAGUUUCAAAUCAUAACGGACGAGCUAGAGUAUGAAGCCAUUCAGCGGAGCAUGACACUUCAUUAAAAAUUGCAAUAAUGAUCUCAUUGCCAAUACCUUUAUAUAAACUUCAUUAACUUACGAACGAACCAGGAUGCAAAGAAACGGUAAAUAGAUAAUUCCGCAUGGAAUCAGACGAACGAGCCAAAGUACAAAGGAAACAAAAAGAGGGCGAGACUUACAUUGCACUAAUGUUUUCGCAAAUCGUUCAAAACAUGCGUACGAACCAGGUUGCAAAGGACCGUUGAAAAGCCAGGCCUUAACAUCUGAACGAACUGACGCACGGCGAAAUAACUAUUAAAAACGUCAUAUGCACGAACUGAGGUACGGGAAAACGUUAACAAGAAGGAUUUAAUUUAGCUCUGUAAAAGAAACUAUUGAGGGGAGAAACAUCUAAAACACAACGCAUCAACGCUGUUUAAAUGAAACGGGGAAAACGUGAAAGAUGAGCGAACUGAAGAACGAGAAAAAAGAAACAUUAAAAAGACAAGAACAGCACCGUGCAAACGAACUAGGGAAGUGAAAACUUUAAAAACACAACACUAACUCGGCAACCGCAAAAUCGUCGAUUACCGAGGAAGGUCGGCAACGAAGACCAACACGCUUUUGAACAAACUAACGCGGGCUAAGGAGAAACGUUAAAGAAAGGUGGAAGUUAUACCGUGAGAGUAAACUUGGGUAUGGCGAAACAGUACAAACACCAACAACAUUAACACUGCAAACGAAAUAGGGUACCAACGCGCUCACGUACGGUGUUAUUGUUAAAACGAUAUUAAGAACAUUAAGCCUCUCAUGUCUUGUCAUGAAAGGCUUGGCAGUUGAUUUCAACAGUAACAUGUCUAUGUUGUUAGGACUCCUUUCAGAAAAACGCAAUUAAACCUCCAUUAAGCGGCCACCCUCGGGGUAACGGCAAGUGGACAGUUAAUGGAGGUUGACCGCUGAAUUGUAGCCUGCGUCGCAGACACUCUAAACCACCUGUAUAGAGCCUCUGCCAAUGGUCGAGACGAAGCUUGGGCCGUCUGCAACGAAGGCUACUGAAUAGAGAUUCUUCAUGGAUUAGCAUGAAACUUCACUUAAUUCGGAAACAAACUCCUUUUUAGAGGCUUCUGACAACUUUUGCUAAGGUCAUAGUCGAACUGACAGGAGACAGCUCUAAUAAUGAGCAAAACUAUUAGAGUAUUGUAGCAAACGAGCAAAUUCUCCACCAAAUGUUGCGACCAGUUUCUCCCACUGAACUUUACACGAACGAUGCUACAGUAUAUACCUUGGCGUGCUGUUACAUUACGGGUACCCAAAUAUUCGUGACUUUCCAUCUCUGUCUGUAUUUUACUUCAUCAUGUUUUCAAAACAAAGUAUCAAACGGUAGCCUCUUCACAGAGGUGAACUCUCGUCGGAACGGUCAAAAGGUGGCCCCGGCCGCUUUAUGGGGGUGGUCGCUUAAUGACUCCAUAGUGCAGGUUAAACUUACAAUUCUACUCUGCAAUUAUUUUAGGACUUUGAUUUCUGGUCGUCUACCUGCACUUUGUGUCAGCGACUAUGUCAUUACAAACAGGGCAUACAUGAGCUCAAGCCGCUCCAGGUCGCAAAAGUUAGUUUCACGAUUAAAGUACUUUCGUAAUGGUUUUCAUUCGUAAUUAUUUAAUUACUUUCGUAAUCAAAUCGAACAUAGUAUAAUUAUACAGCUGUAUCUACACUUUGGAGCUUAAAAGAAAUAGUCCUUUUCUGGAGAUCUUUGGUACCACUCCACUUUCUUGUGUACUAAUAUAACUGACUUAGCGAAUCUAACCUGAGAUCAGGCCCAAUUUUAGCGGUUCUCGGCAUACAUUCUCUCUAACGGCUACCGCUAAAAUUGGGCCUGAUACAAACUCUCUCACGUUUGUGCUCGUUACGGCCAGAUUUUGGCCGUAAUGCUGAUUGGCUGUUAGAACAAUGCCACAAGAUCUGAUUGGCUAUCGGAAACGCCGGAAGUUGAGAGGGCUUAUUCCUCGCGUGGUUGUUUUCGUGAAUGAUCCGUAGUCGGCGGAGAGAAGGAUCGAUUUUGCUGUCUUUUUUAUUGUUUUAUGGUCUUGUGGUAGGAAAAUAUGCCUUAAUAUGUGCCACGGAAAUUUAGAAAAUUCAUAUGGUUGUUCAUAUCUUCUCAGGAUUUGCUUUAUUUACGGAACUAAUGAGAGUGUAUCGCGGAGUUGAAUCCCUCUGCAAGUUGUUGACCGCUAACAAGGUGCCUUUUGAUUUACCAACAAACAAGUGCGAAUCAAAAUACUGUCCAUCUUAAAACUGGUUUCAUUUGAAAGUUUAGCCAGGAAUGACUUCUCACUGCGAAAGAAACCUCAAUCGCCAACUGUGAAGUGUUAUAAUACUUAAACGAAAAAUAUCGCAUCGCUGUUCAAGGAAUUUUUGUAGGCAUUAUUAUAAAAGCUGGUGGCUUAAGGUAACAGACAGGUUUUUUGCCUUCGCUUUUUGUAAAAAAAUAAACCAGGAAAACUAGUGUCCUCGCUCGUUGGCUGUUCGCUUUUGUUUUUAAAGAUUUAUGUACUGAAAAUCGGGGAAAAUUGCCGAGGAAAAUAUUAAGGCAACAGAAAAAUAGAAAUUUCAGUAUUUUAAGUUCGAGCGCGCCUAGCCAAAAUAAUACAACUAGUAGAACAUCGUGUCGCCGUCUUCUCGAAAACUUUUUACCUUCUACGCCUACAGAAAUAACCUUCGAGAUCUCCCUUAAUCUCGCAAGAAGUUAAAUGUGAUUGUGCUGACUGUUUUACUUUUCGCUAAAAAAAUUAACAGAUAAAAGCUUUUUUUAAAGUCAGCCAGUCUGCAUUUUUCCCACGCGUGAAAAAUUUAAUUGCAUACUAGAAAAACAAGCAACGGAAGUAAUUUUGCUUGGCUUAUUCGGCAAAUGUCAAUCAAUCAAAAAAGUGGGCGGCAGACGUUUCGUAGAAGGUUUGUAUCAGGCUCUCUUUUCGUUUCGCCUUACCCGCCGGAAUGUAAUUUUCAAAGCGAAACGAAAAUAGAGCCUGAUCUCAGGUUAUAGCGAAUCAGAGACUUGUUCUUUACUAAACGAAUAAUAGAGGUUUGUUACGAUCAACCAGUCAAAAGUCUUUAAAAAAGAGAGGAAGCAUUUCUCUUCCGUGUUUUAUAUUAAACAAUCAGGGCCUAGUCAGCUAUACAGUCAUAUGAAAUCAACUUCAGUGCCAAAGUUGAAAAGAUUCACACUGCCCUUGUGGCAAGAAACACAGAUCUAUCGCUAGCUGAUGACGAUGAAUUGCCCUCAAACGCUGCUGAAUUAAAUAACUUUCAUGAGGUCAGUCAAGAGGACAUCAAGGAAUUUACUUAUAAGCCUCUAAGCAAGUCCGGUUGUCUUGAUUCUCUGCCGGCAUUAGUUCUUAAGGGUUGCUUCCCUGUACUCCUACGUACUACUACCAGGAUGGUUCACUUGUCAUUGACAACUGGUUUAAUGUCUGAUGCCCUAAAGAUUGCUUCGCUUUCACCUGCGCUAAAGAAACCAACUGCUGACUUCAAGCAGUUCAAAAGUUUAUUUCCAAGCUGGUUGAAAAGUCUGCGGCAGUUCAACUGACGAAACAUGUUAGGACCAACCAACUUGAUCAGACGUUUCAUUCAGCAUGCAAAGAAUUUCACUCAACUGAAACAGCGCUACUUAGAGUACAAAAUCACAUCUUGUGUUCUCUGGAUCAAAACAAGUAGGUCAUAUUACUUUUAUUAGACCUUUCUGCAGCAUUUGACACGGUGGAUCAUGCAAUACUAAUAUCUCGACUCUCGAACCGUUUCGGAGUGAAGGCAACUGCAUUGGCCUGGUUCAAGUCUUACUUAACCUCCCGCCAACAGGUUGUUAAGGUAGAGGAGGACAUGUCAUCAAAGCAACCGUUGCUCCGUAGGGUUGCUCAGGGGUUGGUACUGGGCCCACUGCUGUACCUCGUCUACACUGCGCCGAUUGCUGAUAUCAUUAAAAGCACAACUUAGCAUAACAUCUGUACGCUGAUGACACGCAACUAUAUAUAUCCUUCAAUACUGAUAGCUCUGCUGAUCUUGAUAAGGCAAAGUUGCGUGUUGAGCUCUGUGUUCAAGAAAUAGACCUUUGGAUGUGUAAAAACCUAUUGAAACUUAAUCAAGACAAAACUGAACUUGUCUUCAUUAGCUCCAAAUUUCGAAUUAGACCAAAUCUCGAAUAUGUUCGGGUUAGAGAUGAGUUCACUGCUCUUAAGUCGCCUACGCGUAACCUAGGAGUCAUCAUGGACAAUUGCUUUUGUAUGGAACAACAUGUAAAAAAGAUAUGUAGUGAGGCAAAUUACCAUCUCAGAAAUAUAUCAAAGAUUCGCAAAUAUCUCACCCAGCACUCUGCUGAAAUUCUCAUCCAGUACCCGUUCUAGUACACGUAUUUAUAUUUUUAUUAUCUGUAAAUUUUUCUCAGUAUUUUAAGAUUUUAUACGUUUAACUUUCAUUUCUUCUACAUGUAUAUUAGUCAGAGAAAACAUCCGUUUCUCCUCGCUCUCGCCGCUGAGGACGUUUCGCCCGGAGGAACGUCUGCGACUCAGCGGCAGAAAUUCCAUACUGAUGACGCAAAUCAAUGUUUACAUAAUAAAUCCGGUAGUCUUGAUGGGGUUCCAAAUAUGGAUUUGUCCAACGUGUCUUCUGGUCGAUUUUAGUAAAGUGUUGUGUCCAUCUGCCAACUAGCUCCAGCAAAACUCAAAUGCUUCUUCUAGAGAAAACUAUGUUCCACAAAUAUUAGAUAGAUAGAUAGAAACUUUAUUGUGUCAAGAAAGAAAAAACUAGCCGAGGGGCAGGCCCUCUACUAAUAGGGGACACCUACAGUUAAAAUAUAAUAGAUAUAAUAAUUAAGUAGGUAAAAAAAUCCAUACAAUAUGUUACAAAUUGUUAGCUAAAAUACUAAAGCUGAGUGCUAAAAUGCUAAAAUUAUUUCCGAUAAGACAUCAACUAUCACACAGAAGACAUCCUUUGCAUCCAUCAUCGCUAAUAGAUGUCAGAUCCUUAUUGCGCAUUCGGUUUCUAAAAUCACUUAAUGAUUUACACGUUUUAUCAUUUUUGUCCAGCUUACUCCAUAAAAUGGGACCUAAAUAUCGAAGGAAGUGCUUACCAAAUGAAACUGUGUUAAACCUGGGUAAAAGAAAGUCUGAAUUUCUUAAACUGUAGCAUGAAUCACGAGGUUUAAAAAUGUUGGUGAUGGCUUCGGAACACAUUUUAGUGUGUUUAACCUUGUACAUUAGGACGCAUAUGUCUUGAUGUACAAGGUUAAACACACUAAAAUGUGUUCCGAAGCCAUCACCAACAUUUUUAAACCUCGUGAAUCAUGCUACAGUUUAAGAAAUUCAGACUUUCUUUUACCCAGGUUUAUUGAUGUUUUGUUAGAGAUUCUUCGCGUUUACAUUUGACCUUUGUGGCCUUUUGUCUGUCAUUCGUAAACAAUAGCUAAAACAAUGUAACUACUCCGUCGACCAGUCAGCGCUUCUGACCGGAUUCCGGACAGAUUUUACGUCAUCAGUAUGGAAUUUCUGUCACUGAGUCGCAGACGUUCCUCCGCGCGAAACGUCCCCAGCGGCGAAGAGCGAGGAGAAACGGAUGUUUUCGCAGGUUACAUGUAUUGAUAUUUUUAAGGUAUAUUUUAGCUUUUAGCUUCUAUUUUAACAUUAUCAUUGUAAAGCGCUAUGAAAGAGUAGGUGAAUAGCGCUCUAUAAAUUAUUAAAUUAUUAUUGAAAUGAAAAUCCUUGUUUACGAUAAACCAACACAAUAAAUUUUGAUUUUAUCCUUGAUUCACGUUGUAGUUGUAGGACCAUUGUUGAUACUUUUAGAGAAUUCAUGUCUUUUCUGUUCACAAAAUCUAUUGGAUAGUUAAGCGAAAAAGUGGACCACAAAGGGCUAUUAUUUUGUUAUUGAAUAACACGGUCAAGGAGCCUACAACGUAGAGCAAGAAAUUCCCUAUGAGGCCUAAGUUAUGUCGUUUACACGAAGCACCUUUUCGCACGAAAAUGAAAGCAUCGUUCCUUCUAUGAGCGCAUUCGAAGCAAAAGGUAUGAAAAAGGAAAACAAAACGUUGUUAAACUCAUCAGCAAUAGAUGAGCUUGGGAGCUGGUGCCUUUAAGGAUUGAUGGAGCCGGGCAAAGCUGUAACAAGAAAUGAGGUAUCCAUGGCAACCGUGCAAGGGGCUACCACCAGGCACUGUCACACUGAAUCACUCAGUGGAAUUAUUUACCACUAAUACUUACCUUUCACAAUACUUACCUAUCUAGGAGGAACUGUUGGGAGGGUGAAGUGGGCAGAAAAAUUUAAGCAAGGCAACGGUAGGCAAGCUAAAUAUGACUUUGCAAGUAACUGCAAGCAAGCAAAAUGCAUUUAUGAAUCACGAGGUGCCUCUGCUGGAUGUCUGGGGCGACCCAAGGCAGGCAACAAGAAGCCGCUGCCCAGCAUUGUUUCUAUUUUAACUUUGCCUAAAUUUCAUUUAGCCACAUUUAAAUGGUCAAAAAUACUUUUUUCUAGUCCGUAGGUUUUGCUGACUGUUUUCUAGGACUUGGAAAAUAUUCUAAAUUGGCGCCAAAAUUGUUGUUAAAAAAACUGGUCGGUUGGCUCUAAUAGCCAACAGGCCAUUUUACAGUAAUGGAUUGAAGCGAGGAUGAUGCGUGACCUUGUUUUGAUACAAACUUCCUACUUUAUUAUGCAAAAUAAAGUUGUUCUUAUGCUAACUGGUAUUUUUCAAGGACAAUUUCCAUAACAAAGCAAAGGAGGUUUGUAUCAAAACAAGGCCACCGUCAACGUUACAUUCACUCGAAGACUAGGGUACUAGGUCCACAACUGUAAAAUGGUCUAUUACAACUUUUAAAUAAUGAAUAGCAGCUUUUAGUGCUAGUUGUAAAGAAAUAAUACCAAUUGUUUACCGUUAUUUGAAUACCAUACCAGUGUUACAUGUAGGUUUCAUUAAAUACUAAAAGAAAGGAUCUCAUCAAAACAUUAGACAAAUUGCCCAUGCUAAGGGAAAUCUGUAAGCUGUCAAUCAUCACGUGUUGAACUUUCUUGGCAUCCACAUCUCUUUGUUUUGUUUUUUUUUUCAGCACCUUGUCUUGGAAUUCACAUGCAGGCUUUCGCUGCAACAAAUCCUGUAGCAGACUUUCUUGCACUACUUGGAAGGAGAUAUGUAGAGAAAGUUAAUCCAUCUACAGCAGAGGAGUUUGAUGGUUUAGCACAGUAUCUCGAUAAAGUUCGCAAAGUGAUCAUCAGUGACAUCCAGAUAGGAAGUUUAACCAUCGUAGUAAAAUGUAGCUCUCUGCAGAUUCUUCGUGAGUUGUGGGAAGACUAUCUCUCUGGUCAUCUGGGUGAAAUGGUGCAGAAAUACCUUGUGACAGAUAAUACUCUAAGUGCUUUUGGGGUUACUGGGAUUGAAAUUAAAACAUCCAUUAAAGAGGAAGAUUACAAAGCUUGUGAAGAGGAUUUUUUGAAACGUCAAGGUUAGUGUCACUAGAUUUAAAAAGCUGCAGUUUAUUGUUACCAUGGUCAGAAGUAAAAGAACAUUUUAUGAUUUGUAGCAUUGUUUUAGGAGCUUAUCGUGCCUCUGAUUUCGUUAAGCUUUACCAUGCAAUCUUUAUUUAUAUAAUACUGAAGAACAAAAUUUAAGGUAAAAAGAAAAGAAAACGUUUGGAAUGACCCAUGACAAGAAGCCAAAGAGAAAAAUGAUAACCUUAUAUAAUUAUAUUGUUGGGUCAGAAUCUAAAUUGGUCCGCAGAUUAGUCUGCACUUGUAUUGAAGGUGGCAUAUUUUAUUUGCUUAGAAGAACCAUUUUAGCUUCUGCUUUGAAUAACAAAAUCAUCUCCAAAAUCAACUGAUGGUCUGGUUUAAUUGCCAAUGACUCUUUGCUGCUUUAAGGCUAUUUUCACCAUUUUCUAUGGCCUGUGUACGCAGACGACAAAGAUGGAAAUGGAUCAAGACGGCCAAUUUCGAAAUAAUGAAUUUUGGUGCUAUUUAUGGUUCUGGCCAAUCAGAGACGAGAAAUUAUAUUUUGAAUGGGGGCCUUUGGUUUCUCAGUAAUAAAUGGAAAGGAGGUGGUUUCUAACCCUCACAUGUGAGAUGAACUGAAAUGUAGUUAAUUAAAAGACACGUUUUAAUUUGUCUAAAGGCUUGGUGCCUUAAAAGAGUUUAAAUAAGUCAAUCUCAUCUUUAGCUUAAGGUGGCUCGAUACAGUUUUUUAGGGUCAAUACGUCCCACGUUUGAGCAUAAACUACGUCGCCAUAAACAAAGAUUUGGAAAAAUUGCCAUCACAGUCGUAUCAGAUAAAGAUGAAAAUUUGUUAUGAUCAAGGUUGCAAUUACAUCGGAGUUGUCAUAGCAACGAAAUGACGCUAUUACCUAUUUUACUUGCAGCAGUAUUUCUCGGCACUGGGAACUGUUCUUCCAAAAUCAUUUACGGGAGCUUUUUCCUCCAAUACCUGCCUCGAUGUUCGUGAAGUUUAAGCGAAAUUUGUAAGAGCGUUAUCGAGAUAUUUUGGAGUAACGUUUUUAUGGUUAGAAAUACGGUAAAACGAAAUGGACAAUCUUGAUAUUCGGCUGUUAACUGUAGAAAACGAAGAAAACGCCUGCUCAACUCGAAAACAACAUUCCUUUCCCAUUGUUUUAAUUGCGUGGUAAGUGACCAAUCAACAGUUGUGAAAUAAAUUGUUGACAGGCUAAACAAGACUAAAACGUGACCCUAGAGUUACCGUUUUCUUUCUUUUCUUUCCUUCGCUAAGGUUAUGCAUGAAGUAUUCUAAAAUUUGACUAAAUCUUACUUUUGCUUCUUUGAAUCUAACAUUUAUUGGAGGUCAGAAAGCUUUCCCACUGUUUCAUGCAGAUUGAGUAAUUAUCAGAUUACCCUGCGGUCAAGGUCAACUUUCCACAAUUUGGAAAGUACAAUGUGAUUGGCUAAGCUUGGGAAAGGAAUGUUGUCUUCAGUUUGUGGGAGGGAUGAAAAACGAGCUCCCCUAAAAACGCCUGCUUGGGAGGCUAUCUUGUUAGCGGUUUGUAAACAUUUUGGUCUACUUUCACAAAUUACGGGGUAAAAUAAGGGUUACAAUUCGCUAAUAGUUUGUCAGAAAUUUUGUGUUUACUAGUGAGAGCCUCUCAUUAAUCAGGAUAUUGUCUCCAAGUUCCAUAUUUUUGUGCACAACAAUAGCUAGCAUUUUUGCAUAUUUCAAAUGCAUUGUUAGUUUCUGCUGUUCACGUGAAAAUGAAACUUGGAAACAUAACCCUGAACAAUGAGAGGCUUUUACUUGUAAUGACGAAACUUCCGAUAAAAAAUUAACGAAUUGUAGCCCCAAUUUUACUGCCUUACGUAUAUCAAUAAUCUUGAAACUAAAAGGUUAUAUAAAAGGAAGGUUAAUCUCAAGAAUAUUACUUUUUGAAAAAAAUCUGUCCAGCGGUUUUAAAAUUAUUCGCUAAUUUUUUAAUGUUCCCCUAAAAACGCCUGCUUGGGAGGCUACUAACAAGAGCACUUCGAUACAUACUUAUCUUUAAUCUUUAAUCUUUAAUCACAGUUCGUAACCAUACAUAACUGAUACAAAUGAACUAAUACUAACAUGUACAAUCGAACAAAAAUACAAAAAUGGUUAACAGGACGGUAGUAGGGGGAAACCAAAUUCCCAUGCUAAGACAUACCUUCUUUCAAGCAAUCGGCUGGAGCUAUCUCCAUGAUCUUUCACACACGUUUUGAAAAAGAAUGAAACUACUUUGAGGUGAAAUUGCAUCUCAAAAGUGCCUCGUUUUCUACAGAUAAUGGCCAAACAUCAAGUUUGUCCAUUUUUUGCUGUGUUUCUAACCUUCAAAAACUUCAUCCCAAAAUAUCUCGAUAACACUCUUACAGAUUUCACUUAAACUUCACGAACAACGAGGCCGCUAUUGGAGGAAAAAGCUACCGUAAACGAUUUUGGAAGAAAAGUUCCCAGUGCCGAGAUAUACUGAUGCAAGUAAAAUAGUUAAUAGCGUCACUUCGUUGCUAUGACAACCCUGAUGUCGUUGCAACCCUAAUCAUAACAAAUCGUUAUCUUUAUCUAAUGCAACUGUGGUGGCAAUGUUUCCAAGUCUUCGUUUAUGGCGACGUAGUUUAUGCUCAAACUUGGGAGGUAUUGACCCUGAAAAACUGUAUCGAGCCACCUUAACACUGUAUCAAACGCAAACUUAGUAAUAGUGUAAUGUAUGGCUGGGGAUAGUGCGCAAUGAAAACCGUAGCGGAAUUUCAUUAGCGCUUUCAUUGUUGUGACUCAAUUGACAAUGAAAAGAGUUUGUUUUCGAAUGGUUUGGGUAGUUUGGUGUGGUUGAAGGAUUAAUUGGCGCUCUUGCCAGCAAAGAUAAUUAAAGUUCUUAUAAUAAUUAUAUAAAUCAGCAAUUAUGCCACAACUUACUUAUUACCUUCCCGUGCUCACGUAAGUACAUCGGGCUUAAAUGAGUCUGAGUUGGGCCAAAACAUUUUUAAACCUGCGAACAUUUUUUGCUUUUACUUGGCUUUUUGAAAACGCCAAUUUUAGUCUAAUCGCCAUCUUGAAAUAUUUUUUGAAAUAUUUUUUGCUUAUGUUACGAGUUAUUGUCGCUAAUUACUCUAGAGAGGUUCUAAACACAAAUGUUUCCAAAGAAUUAGUGGAAUCUGCUGGUAGAGCUUCAAACCCUCCCGAGUUUGUAAGAGUGAACGAAUGUAGUAGAACAGUUAGAUAGAGAAGUUAGAAAAGAAGCGUAGGAAAGAGCAGAGUAGAACAUUAGAGCAGGGUCGAGUCGAUCAACGGCGGUAGAGAAUAGUCGAGUAGAGUGCAUUACUAUCUUCAGAGUCACUUUGACUCUGAAGACGACUACCGCACAGGUUGUCGAAACGUCAGUCAUUGUCAACAACAACAGUCCUAUUCAGGACUACGUUCACCCGGACGAUCAAACUCAAUCUACUUUUGAAGUAGAGACUAAGUCGUUCCUGAAGUGUGAUUCCUGGAGUGUGAUCAUAAGCUUGACCAAACCUCUUGGCAAAAAGCAAAGUUUUAGAAAUUUAUUUCCGAAAAGUUUGUCGCAAGUUGAAUACAAGAAACUUCAAUCAAGAAUUUUUACUCGAGCAACUCCUUGGUUGCCCUUAAAAUGGUUAAUUUUGUGCCAAUACGAAACGCAGCGUACAUGUCUGGGACUUCCAUCCCUACCCAACUGAGUUUUUUACCCCUUUUCUGAGAGUCUGUACGGUCGGUGCAGGCUAACGUCACAGCCAAAUUUUCUGGCAUUGAUAGGCUUCUAUUUUCUAUCCCUUCCCAUGAUAGCUGUGGGGCUCCGCUGACAUAGGAAACUCUAAGUUAAAUCUAAAUGUUUGUAAAAUUAUUGAAUAAGGAGGGCAACAAAAAACGUGGCCAUCUUGACCGCUAGCCCCUGACCAGGCAUCAAAAGUAGUGGUGGCCAUAUGUAGCGGCAGUCAUGGCCACAGUGGGUAGUGGUUGUGGUAAUUAUGGUAGUGACGGCUGCUGUAAUAGGCGUGGUGGUAGUGGUAGCCGUUGAAGAAUUAAGGAGUUUAGCUGGAAUGCAUGUUGGUGUGUAGAGGAUGAAUGAAAGGUGCACCCUAUCUUCCUUCACACCGACAAGAUGGAGAGAGUAGCUUCUAGUUUAAUCUUUAAUCUCUCCUCGUCGCUUUGCGGGUAGAUCUCGGUUCGGGCCAGCUUACUCGAUUUCUUCUACUUUAGCGCCCCGGCUUCGGAUUGGUUGCCAUCAUAUCGACGUCUAUCUGAGCCACAGAGAUAGCUAAGUACAUUGCAACCUUGUAUGGUAGGAAUGAAUGAAUGAAAACGUUAUUCAGGUGUCUAUGUUUUUAGCUAUAAGCUAACGGGAGACACAAUGUCGUCUGUACAAACAGUAGAUUUUAAGGUUCGCUGUGACAUUAUCUGGGAAUCGAUUGUUUCCAGUUGCAAUCAACAGAUAAAUGAAUCCUGCUAGCAUCAGUUUUGGACCCACGACUGCAUCAAAUUUCAUUUAAUGCAACAACUAGUCAGAGUGGUUACUAUUGGUUUACUAUUUAACAAUAACAAGAGCUAGAAGAGGACAUCGCGUCUUUUUACACAUUCAACACACUAAAAAUCUAGAAACUGUAAAAACUGUAAAAAUAAAAAAUAAACGUCUUGAGAUAUAUCUCCCUUUUCGAGCCAAUAUAUGACUGAAGAGGCUCCAAUAUAUAUGAGAAAUGUUAUCGAAAAAGCUGUAAGUAUAUGCGUAAUAAUUCUACAAGACAGAAAGUUAAGAGAACUUCAACUUCACAAUAUUAAGCACAGCGGCAUGGAAAAAUGUGACCAACAAAGGUUGGAAAGCCUUGAAGAGAAAACCGCAGCGGACACUUCAUGCAGACAUUGUGCCAAAAGGAUUUGCAAACUUUAUAGCAAAGAAUGACCGGCUGGCAAACGCACGUGAUGUGAACCCCCUAGAGACCAUCUGGAUUAUCGUUGACGUGACAAAAUACAAAGAUCCAGCCCCCAAAACACUGGACGAACUAAGACAGUGACUACGCUUUGCCUGGAAAAGUGACACACUUUGGGAGCUCGCACAUUCUAUACCUCAUAACUCAGAAAAUGUCAGAAAAAAUUAAGGAAGACAUUCUGGUUACUAACAUUUUAGUUAUUCAAUGUUAAAUGAAUAAUGAAUAACAUACUUUGUUUUAUAAAAGGCAUUUUUAAUAAUCAGUGAACUUUUAGCGACGAAGAAACCGGAAUGAACUUUUGAAACACCUUGUGGUUCUUCAUUGGUUACUGUAUUGCGAUAAGUACUUUUUCCUUAUACAAGCAAGUGAGGGAGGUGUUGGGGAGGGAAGGGGGGAUUUGUGCGGGACUGCAAUCCGUGUGAUUCGUCUUGUUAGUAGGUACUACUUUUUUCUUUUUUGUUAUUAAAUAAAUGGAAAUUUUCCUUCUUUGACAGCUGAAGAUUUGAUAGGUCUCGCCCAGCCUGAAAAAAAACGUCAGAAGAAAGACACCUAUGGAACCAAAAGCGACCAAGGUAGUAAGCAGAGAUAUUAGAUAUUCUGUCAAGAGAUCAUAAUACUGAUAGCUCCUAUUAUGAUCUCUUGAUGAAAUAUAAUUGUAAGUGUAAAUAAACUUCUGAAAAAACAAUUAGUGGAAUAAAUGUCUUUGAUUCUCAAAUACAACUAUUUAUAAAAAUACGUGUAGCGGGACGAGAGAACUAUAGUUUGAGCUAAUUCAUGGGAAUCAUUUUUGAAUUGUUAAGAAAAAAUACUUCACAUGCAUACAGUUUAGUGGCUGUAUGUUUUUGUUCUUUUCUGUCUGUUGUUCUCACUUUCUUUAAUUAACGAGUUAUUGUGGCAAAUUUAUUGCGUUACGGGAUCUGUCUGUAGGUUAUGUUCAGGCUGAUUCCAGUUCCCUCAUGAGUGAUACCAAACCUCAAGGUGUAAAAAGGGAACAGCCGCGAAUUUCCCCAGAUUCAUCUCGAGAGACUCUAAAAUCAACUGUGGAACAAUCCAGACACAGAUCACCUAGACCAAGCACCUUCGAAGAGUCUCCAGUGCAUAAGGUGGAGGUACCAACGCCAAGAUCACCUGGUAAACCCAAAGGUGGGUAUAAGACGGAAACAUAAUAAUAAAUAGGCAUACAUAGUUCAAAGGAGAGAUUAAAUUAACUAAAGAACUAAAUAUAAGAAACAACGCUUACGCCUUAAGGUGUACAAGAGCUGAAACAAGGGCAUCUUUAGAGUUUGCCACUUUGGUUGAUGAAAACUAAGGUAACCAAUUGUUCAGCAAUGAAAUAUUCAGUGUUGCUGAAGGAAUUUUGGUUCAAAAAUCUGUUGACAUAAUAAUUAGUGGACUUUAUUUUCCUCCUAUGGUUAUGGUUAAUUACUUGCAACUUGCCAACAUCUCAUUAUCCCCUCCCCUCAGGGCUACUCAGGGAUAAUUCUUGACUCCUCUGAAAAUCACCCUGGUGAGAGUCUCCUGGUCAAAAAUUUUUAUUAUUAUUAUUGCCUUUUCUGUCACAGUCUUUGCUGGUGUUCUUUUUGUGCAUCAGCUUAUUAUUAUUAUUAAUUGAAAUACUGGUUGGGAAACUUUUGCCACACUGUUUGAAGCACUGUUUACAGUUAAUGACGUAAUGACUUAUGAAAUCACCCUAAUUUAAAUGUAAAUUAGAGAUAAACCACUAUAGCUACACAGACAGGGAACCACGUCCUUUGCUCGGAUAGUGUCUUGGUUCUUUAACGACCCACAACUGAAUUUUUUUUAAACGGGUAGGGGUUGUGAGACGGGGCCUACGGUUCUUCAUCCUCGGAGACCCAGGGGCAUAUAGUGGGGGCAAGGGAAAUGUAGGUAUGUCGAGCGAUCGGCAGCCAGACACGUACCUUGACGACUUUCUUUCCGUGCCAAAAGGUAAAAACUCCGGUCGAGUAAACUUACAUCAUCUUACCGAGUGGGCUGAUCCACUCUACCUAAAAUUAUAACUAAGUAUUUAUUGACAGCUGCCGAACAUUUGAAUGUUUAUGCUGCAAAAAUUAUCGGAUCCAUUUCCAAAAAAUAGAGUAUACUAUAGUCAAGAUGAAUAUCAUAAAGAGAACGUACAACUUGCGAUGACUCCCUUCCAAUGCAAAUGCCAAAUUCAACUCAAAGCAAACUUCGUCUAUUGGUUUUACUGCAAAAGAAAUACUUGUAUACUUGCAAGAACAUUGUAACGAAACCUAAUUUAGAUGAAUUUUUACAUAAGCUUUUUUCACAAUAUCGCAUUGAAAAUUGUGGUAAACAAUAUUAAAUAUGUGUGGCAACUGGCGGGUUUUUUAUCUUUCAAUACUUUUUAUUUUUAUUGUAAUUUGUUUUGCUACUUACUGACUUAAUUAUUUAUGGGUAUAAUUCCCAAGGUAAGAAACACAAUAAGAGAAAAAGUUUGAUUGCUUAGUCUACGAGAUGUUAUACAUAAAUAGUCCAGGCAUUUUAUCGCAAAAAGUCGGUCAACCUGCCACUAAUUGCAAAAGAAGGUUUUUUAACGGUUUUUGGUCUAGGAACAUGUCCUCUAUAACAUAUCAAAAGUCCCCGAAAAUCCGAGUAGGGGAAGUUGACGAAAAACGAGUGUUUUUUAGAGCCCUAUAUAGACUAAUACUGCGCUGCAUGAAAACGAGGUUGUAUGUACUGCCUGUUGUGUUGCUCGAGUUUGAAACCCCGUACAGCAUGGACUAGUAAAGACGGGGAGAAUUUAUCGUGUUUUCUUCCUAAGUAAGUGCAUUUGUGUAACGAUUAAAUAAAACAACUGUUCUGUAUGAGAUUCUUAAAUCAGAAAAAAACACGUAAAACCUGUAGAAAAUAUCCACGAUUGUUAGCUAUCUAGGUGAGGUAUUUAGCGAGGAAUUAUAUCUUCCGCAAGCGAGUUUAGAACUUAAAAAGGAUAAUUUUAAACUGAAAGUAAAAGUAAUAUAGAGUUCUAAGCUAAUAUAAUUCAAGAAAAGAAUAUUUGACUUGAGUGUCUUGAGUAGAGACUUCCAAAAUGAACUGAUCAUUCACCUCGGUGAAAAAACCUGUACUUCACUCGUAGCUUCGCGCUUACUUUUUUCGGGUGUCACAAAACUUAGUUUAUUAGUAAAUUCAUUUAUUUUGUUUCUUCACAAUUUUGAGAAAAAUGACUAGGAAUCGUAUCACGUUUUAUGAAAUCGGCGACCAUUUUCGCUAAAGCCGAAGGAAAUGUUUUCACUGACUUAUGAAGUAAUAAAUAAAGCGCGCGCCAUGCAAUGCCAAAGUUCCAGUUCAAGCUGAAUUCCAAAACACACAUUCGCGUUUCGAUUUUAAAAAGAAAAUUACGGAAUUGAAGGUAUCCUACCUAUACCGAAAAGAAAGUUUUUCUUGUGACUCAACCAGUCUCAAAUUACGCGGGUAGAUACAAUAUAAUACAAUACAAACUUUAAUUGACACUCCCUAAAGAGAGGGCUUUUCAGUGACAAUGAUAAUCACUGAUGUUGAAACGAGAGUACGGUAAAUCAAAAACUUACAAAAUAACAAUAAAAUGUUUUAUAGAAAAAGUUAAGAAAGCUAAAAAGUAAAUAAAUAGUCACUAGAAUUACAACUGCAACAGAAACUUUAAAAAAUACAAUAAAGUAGAUAUGAUACAAACUAAGACCGAUAAGAUAGGAAAGUAGCAAAUAAUUCGGCUUUAAGUUUACGCUUUAAAUUACGAGCAGAGUUACAGAGUUUGAGGAAAUUAUCUAAAUUGUUCCACAGAUUUACUAUACGUUAAAAGAAUGUCCUUUGUCCAGAUUUACGAUUUUUUAAAAUAAGGGUAUAUGCAGAAGUUGGGAGCUUUUGUUCGUGCGACCACUUACUUCACCACAUGUUAGAAACGUCGACGAGAGGUAAGUAGGAGCGGAGCCAGUUAUACCAGAAACUCAUAAGGGGUUGAUUCAACCCCUUAUGAGUUUCUUUUUAUACUUAAAAGCAAGCACGAAGUCACGGAGAUAUAAUAGGUAGCCAAUGCAGUUCUUUCAGGGAGUAUUAAAACGUGGUCAAAUUUUCUGGAAACACAGAUAAUCCGGGCUGCAAAGUUCUGGACCGCUUGGAGCUUAAGAAGGUCAGUGUCCGCUGCAUUGGACCAGACAGAAGAACAAUAAAACGACUUACUUAACACUAAUUUGUUAAUUAACAUACAGUGUUCCCCAGCCUGCAAAGGGUCUUCGUGCACAAAUUUUUCGAACACUGUAGACUACGAAAGUUAAGAUUCGGAAGACUCGCGUAUUUUGAAAUUAAUUGUGUAUAAGGCGCAUGUAGAAUUGAAUUAAAGAGGGGUUUUCUGGUGAUUAUAUAGGACUUUUUUUUCGCGAGUCUUAAGCAAUUUUGUCUCGUAAUGUUUCAGCAAAAUCAGAUCUCACUGCUGGGGAGUACAUAGAUUCUAAAAAUCCUUAAUAUCUUACUUAUUCAAAUGAUACAUUUUUGGGAACUUCUUUCACAAUUAAAGCCUUAAAAUAACUUUUGUUAAGGAUAUAUUCUUAGUUUUGGCGAAAUAGCUCGAUUUAUAUCUAUAACAAAAGCUGAACAGCAACGUCCGGUUGACAGCCUCGUUUUCAUGUUAUGGGAAAAAGGGACUCAUGUUAAGAGUCCUGUUUGCGGGUGUUCCCAUGCUUGGAUCUUUAGGGACUUUUAGUAUGUUCAUGUAUGGGAUAUUUCUAACUGGUCAAUGAUGAGAAAGCUUCUUUUGCAAUUAGUUACAGGUCCGACGACAAAAUGCCUGGACUAAAAGGACAUCAAGCCUUCUCUUAACGCGCAAGCCGACUCCAUUCGCGCCAAACUAGUUACGUGACACGUUCGUACAUUUUUUUUUUCUCUUAUUGUGUUUCUUACCUUGGGAAUUAUACCCGCAAAUAUUUUAUGUAUUGUUUCAAAUUUUAUAUAUUAGCUUUACACCUUAUAAUUUUUCACUUUUCAACUUGAUAAUGGUGUAACGUAGCGUCGAAACGUCGUCCACUUUUUUAAAUGUUUUUUAAAUGUAUUUAAAAAUCUUUUAGCGUUUAACAUUUUGAUCAAUUCAAUUUUAUCCUUGGUUUAAAUUUUCUUUUCUUUUGUUUUAAGCUCAUUAUCAGACAUUACCAUGCCCAAAAACAAAAGAAAAUAAAAUUUAAACCAAGGGUAAAAUUAAACAUCAACGUAUGUAUACUUGUAAACAUCCCUCUGCUUUCAUCCAGCCAUUAAAGUAUGGGCAAGUACAAAUAGUACUAUCGGACUCGUUUAAUCUUUUUUGCUGUUUUGAUCUAGUAAAUCAGCUCUGUUUGGAAUCUUUUCCCCCUGGUUUGGUGUAUAUGUUGUAGUUAAUUUUCUGUUUCAGUUAAUUUUUAAUGUUUUUGGGUAUGGUAAUGAAUUUAAAACAAAGGAAAAAGUAUUGUUCUAACGACGCCUUAAACUGCUGAUUAAAAAUUCUCAAACUCGUUAAUAAUUCAUAAAGAAAAUACAAAGGAAAAUAAUGUUUAAUGAGUGUUUGGAAAUCAGAUGAAAAACUUCUCAUUUUUGCAACCUUAAUUUCCCCUCAUAAAAUCAGUUUGUUUGAGAAAAAAUAUUAAGCAUUCGACACAGUGUUUCAUCACCAGAUGAAACACCUCGAAAUUCUGAAACAUACUCCGCUGCGCGUCAUAUUUCCAACUCUCUUCUCGGUGUGGUGAUGAAACACUGCGUCUCAUGUUUGAUAUAUUACAUAAAAUUACAAACCAAGCUUUCGCCGAUCAUCGGCAUGAGUAUGAAUCAUGCGGAGCUAAAAAUAUGCUGUACACUACAGUGCAUAAACAAUUCAUAAUAAACCACUGCAGGAACAUUUUGUCCGUAAAAACUGUUUCAAAACAAUCUCUUCUGGAUUUUUUCUUCCCAACAAAUGAUUCUGGACUUCCACAGAGCAGACCAAUCGGUUCUUUUAUACGAACAAUGUAUUUUCUCGGGUUUCAAUCCUUUUUUUUUAAUACUCCUGAGAAAUCUGUAAAUAUAUAUUUUCGCAAACUUUCAAAUAGGCUUCUGUUAUGAUACCUGCGAAAGGUCCAGCCUUAUUUAGUGGUGAAAUAAUCGCAGAUAUUCCGAACGUUUUCCCUUGCAUUUUGUUCUGAUAUGGAAUCUUUCACCUCGUGCAUAAAACCUCCGAGAACAGCCAAGAUAAACAUGGUGAAUAGCUGAAAUUCAUGUACUUUGCGUAUAAGAACACACGAAACAACUCUAAGGUCUGCUGCGCUCUGACUGGGCAGAAAAACACAAACGUUUUCUGGCACCAAUCAGAAGCCAGAACGGCCGCGACCGUUUGGAACUGGUAUGGUAAGACAUUAGGGCCAUUUAUACGAGGAAAAAUAAGACGCGUCUUACAUAAGACGCGUCUUAAAUAAGAAGCGAACUGUACCAUUUAUACGAGCAUGUCUUAUCUAAUAAGACCCACCUUAGCUAAGCCGCGUCUUAUUUUAAACGAAUGUGCCGUUUAUACGGAAAGUUCGCGUCUUAUUUAAGACGCGUCUUAUUUUUCCUCGUAUAAAUGGCCCUAUUGUCCCCAGGGACUCCUUACUUUUCUUCUCGCCAUUUUUUCCGCCCGCUUAGACUUUCCCUUGCCCCCACUAUAUACCCCUGGGUCUCCGAGGAUGACAUUUCUUCGUUAUUAUUAGAGAAUACUGAGAAGCCUAACCGUUGGCGGAAGUCAUAACUAAAGCAGCAUUUUCUCCUCAGCCGGGUUAUGGGAUUGUUGUUCCCGUCGGAGUUUGAACCUGGGGCCUCCUGCUCGGCAGACCAGCUCUUAUCAUGAUCCAAUUGGGCUAACCGGGUGGCGGUUCGGUAAUUUAUUGCCUAGCCUUGAGGCAACCCCAAAAUAUAUGUUGCGGUCCAAAGUCGAAAAACUCGAACUCCCCGUAUGUUAAACUGUAUCGUUAUUCCAUAAACAUUCCAGGAUUCAAAAGACAAAUAGACCCAGAGCCGAGUCAACAAAGUCAAAUUCAAACAAAAUCACAAUGAAAAAGGUCCAAAUGAGUUCGAAUAUCCUACUCAUGACAACAGGGGUCUUUUUUGCAUGAGCAUGCGCGACCGCUGACUUGUCAAAGAGCACGCGACCAGUGACAGCGACCGUGCUGCAUAGUCAUAGGAACCAAAUUGUUCACUUUGAAAGCUUGCUUGAGAUUGAAAUGGUAGCAGGAACUUAGGAAAGACCUUCAUUGUACCGAGGAAAUAAGUAAAGAUCUGUUGAUUUAAAGUGGAGACUGAUGCGCUGAACGAGGUGAAAGAGCAAGUUUCUCAAGGAUGUCUGACACGAACAUGGCUGCUUGUUGUUGUUUGGCGCUCGACUCGUGUCUUGAUUCCCCUUUAAGAACCGCAAAGUUUGGCAUAGAAUGCAUUGCUGAUGCGUAGCUAUUGAGCAAAAUGUUCUUUAUUUAGUGUUUGUCUAUAAAUCGGAUGUAAAUCAGUUUCUCGAUGCCGUAGAGGAUUUCUGUCAAUAAUUUGUUAAUAGCUGAUUUAGCCAUAUUUCGGGAGUGGAUUAAUAACGAUCAGCGGGCGACUACCACGCCGUUUUCAGUUGGAAUAGAAAGUUUUUGCCUUAAGUAUUUUAGCGAUACAAAGUUUAUAGGAAAAUUGUAGAACUUCUUGUUUUUGCGUGGACUAACAUUGUAACGCAUCUUUUACAGGAAUCUGCUUUUAGCCAGAACUUAAAUGUUCUAAUGAUUUUUAACUUUUGGUCGGCAUCACAUGUUUACUGUACUUCUUGGGAAACCUAACCGUUUGUUUCAUCAAAAUCGGUCACAAGAUUGGACUUUAAUUUCGGUCCUAUUGAAUGCAGUUUUGACUGUGUCUCACUGAUAUUCAUUUUUUUUUUAUUGUUCGAGACAUACAGAGUGACUACCACCAACAUCUCACCAGGUAACUAAUCUACGUCUCGUGUGCUCUUAAUUUUGUAGCUUUAAAGUGCUGGGAAAAUUGUAGAACAUAUAUUAAUUCACUGCUGAACUGAACAUCGGCUUUCGCGCACUUCGAACCCACUCGCUGAAAUUUGCUAUGUUUUUUUUAAUAUUUCUCUUCCUUUCCCAUUUCAAAACAAACAAACGUUUCUGCACUUUGUUUGGACUUUGAUGAGGUCAGCGCAAUCCUCCAGGCACUACAUAUACGCGCCCUAUUGUCCAGGUCAAGUGGGGAGAUGAAAUUUGACAGUAGCUCGUAUAUGUUAAAGCCGGUCUACUUCGCUUUUGUUAAGACCAUGUUAGAGUUUUUUUUGCAAACUACACAUUUUGUUAAAUCACGAGCACAUUCGCCAAGACCAACGAGCAAAAUAAUCGCUAUAAUAGCUUUGAGACGCGCCAUUUUGAUGAAGGCGGGUGAACCCUGUGGUGAGCCUUCAGCGGUCGCGCAUGCUCAUGCAAAAAAGACCCCUGUUUACUCAUGACGGGUUAGGUUUUCUAGAAUCAAAAUACAAGCUUACAAUGACUUCAGUGUUUAAAGGUUUGUAAGGAAAAGGCCGAAAUACAAGUCAGUAAACUUACAACUUUUGUGCCCAAAGCCAGCUUCAUUUGAGAUUUUUGGAUGUAAAUAUGGAUGUAUGUAUGUAUGUACUAGGAGUGUAACCCUCUGGUUAUCCAUAUUUAACAGAAUAUCAUUAUAGACUUCAAUAGCAAAAGAAACGUAGAAAUUGGGUACUUAUGUUUGAACUUGACAAGUUAAAUUCAUUUCGAGGGGCUAUUUUAGCACCCGUUUUGAAAGUACAGGGACCGACAGAUCAAGAAAAUCUCCCAAGUAUUUGUGAGGACAUUUUACUACUUUUAAGUUACGUUCUAUUGCUUGUUUCUGCUAACAUUCAUACAUACAAGUAAUUCCACCUCGUUUAAUGUAACAUACGUCUUUUGGAUACCCAAAUCCGACCUUAAAGAUGCCUCAGCCGGAAAUUGAAUUCUAUCAUCGGUUAAUUGCACAAGUUUAUCUACAGAGACUAAACAUAAUUGACUUUAAUUGAUUUCCCGACUGUCGGGUACUUAUUCUAUUUAAGAAGGUGACGGUCCCUCGAAGAAUUCCUCGAACGAGGGCCUUCAGCUUGACCUUCAAUCAAAUCAUGUAUUAGUAGAGCACGGUUGACCCCCACCCCCCGCCCCCCUCCCUCUGUACAUGUACAGAGCUGCUAGGUUUGCUGGGUAAUUACUGAAAAGACCUCGGAGGUUUGACUUUGCUGAUAGUAAUUCUGGUAAUAUUGCUAGCCCCUUGGUUUGUCGUCUUCCGAGAAAAUGUAGCUUAAAGUACCUAAGACAGAACCUGAACAUUUUCGUGCAAGACGUGCAGGUGAAGUCGUGACGAACGAUGAAGAGGGGGAUGAGGAGAACCUUUUUAUAAAAGACCAUUUGCCAUCGUCGCAACAGGGUUUCUUACCUAAACAGUAGAUAGAGGAAACCUGUGUCACCCCACUCGUAACCGACGUCGGUGAAAUAUAUUUAGUUAUUCAAGGACAUAUUCAGUUAAUUGAAAAGUGAAAUGUAAACAAAAGUGCCGUGUUUUUGUGGAGUUGUGUUCCAACGGUUUCGGGCCUGGCCCUUCAUCAGUGGAGUCACAAGUACGUUAGAACCGAUGCAAGGUUUGUAUACACACGUUUGUGCCACGCUGCUCACUGUUAUUUCUUGCGUUGAUCGGUUUGAAAUAUCUAUUCAGCUUCGACUAUCCCGGAAAUUGUAGUAACCAUCCUUGCAUUGUCAGUUACCCGAUUUCCAAAUGUUCCUGGUUCCGGCGGUGAUAUACGGUCCAUCUUGUCCAGCUUAUUUGGAUUCAGCGCCGUAUUGUUGUCACUUAGGAGACUUACGUACUUAUCAGGGUCCAUCUUGUAAAUAUUUCUCGGUGUACUCAGCUUUUCAGCAACGGUUUCCACUGAAUAUGUACAGCUUAUAGGGGUAUGCUUGACCUGGCGAGACUGUUUACAAUUGACAUGUCAAAAAACUUGUUCAAGUAUAAAUUUCUAGAAAAUUUUAAACUUAAAUCAAGUUAUUUUUCUUCAGUAUUGAAAUAUAUGUUUACAUGAUACCGCAGGUUCUGAUUGUCGGAGAAAUUUUUAGUUACUUGAAAUUGACAAGUUGUUGUGGUGUACUGUCGGCUGCUCGCCAAUGCAUGAAGCCUUUUUCAACUUAAAUCAUGCUAGGCUCUAUUGGCGGUUAUAGAUAAUAUUUGCUUGCUUUUUUUUUAAAAGAUGCUGGCGAUACAGACGUUGAGUAUGAUAUUACUGAGCCAUUCUGCAAACGCAGGAAACCAGACACCACUGAAGAUCAAGGCAAUAGCGGAAGUACUGAAUCACAAGAUCAAGGGAAACACUCAAUUCUUUCGAGUAAGCAAUCUACAAAACUUGGAAAAUCUCCUUUAAGCUCCAGAAAAGAGGAAGAUUCUGCAACUGGAGAAAAAGGGAGGCAAGCAACAAUACGAUCACCUCGUAAAGAAAGGGGUAAAGGUAAUAUACAUACGCAAAAUUUAAGUUAAAUAAUCAUGAGCCAAAUAGCGAUAACAGGCUUAUUUAUAUAUUUUGAAGAACCCUUAAGGUGCCCCGAUAAAGUGAAAAAAUAGAACUGCGUUCUAAGUUUAGCUUUUUACGAUUUGCAGCAUUUCGUGGCUGUACUGGCUUAAGAUGGACUGGUUGAAGUCUCAUUUCGAAUUGUGCUUCUACCAGAAAUAUAUAUUAUUUCAUAGAGAUUGUUUGAUAAGGAUUUUCUUCAUGAGUUGCAAAACCUCAGAAAAUGAAUGAGUUGGCGUAUCAAACGGUUAAGUUUUCAAGGGGUUGUAACGAGUGAAUACAAUUUCGUGAGCCACUUUUUUUUUAGUCGAUUAUUUUAAUGUCAUGGGUGACGAAAUACUCUUUAAGUUUGGCGCGAGAUUUCAGCGUUAAUAGAGAGUUUUAGAUCCGAGUUUAUCGCGAACCUCUAACCGCGGUGUGCGGUUACCCGUUUGCGGUUCGACGUUCAAACAUUAUUCAAUUUAGAUUGGUGGUGGAUUAAAGAAGCCAUUCUAGGUUUAUUUUUCCAUUUAGAAAUAGAAGAAAUAUAAAUCAGUGAAAAUAAAAGAAAUUUGCGGUCACACUGGGUCAUCUAGCAGCAAAGAGCUGUAAAUUCUUACAUUAGUUCUUCUUGCUAAUUUACGGCCGCCAUUUUGAAUCAGCAGCCAUGAGUGGCACUUGUUUUCAAGAUCCAAUAGGAUUUAUCAAAUUUAGCUAUUUCGCUCGAAUUUGUGCCUCUGUUAAUGGAUAAAGACUUGCUCCACAAGAUUUUUGUAUCAUUACGUGGGAUAGAACAAGAAUUAUACGCUAAAAGCUUUCAGGUAAAUGACAUACGUGAAAACCUACCUCCCCACGUUGAAAACGCACGUCGUAAACCUCAAACGUGACGCGAAAGACUUGUCACGUGACCGCCAGCGGUUGGAGGUUCGCGGUAAACUCGGAUGUAAAACUCUCUAAUGUGUAAUUUCACUUGUGAAAUUGCAAAAUUGCAACCAUCCGUACGUCUCAGUGCAAGAUGGCGACGAAGUUUAAAAAUGUUAUUUCAGGGCAUUAAAAGACGCUUUAGAAAACUUAAACACACGAAAGAGCACAUCAAGAAGGAUUCUUACAGGUAUUUUUGCACCAGUCAAUGUACCCCCGUCCCCCUAAUGGGAGCAAAUGCGGGGACAUUUUAGGCUAUCUAAUCCCCCGCCCUUUUCUGGAUCAUAUUAAAAAUAUAUAAAAUUAAAUCUACUCACAAACAUACUAGUGAAAACUUUAUUCAAAAAUGUUUUCUUGUUCCUUGUCUAUGUUUUUCUUUUUCUUUUCUUUUUUCCCCUCCCCUGAUGUAGAUGCUGUAGACAAGAGGAAAGUCGUUGUUUAUUACUAGAGACCCCAAAACUAAUUUUAUAAUUUGUAUGUAUAAAAAAAAUGUAAUCUCGAGGAACUUCUGGUACACAAUACUAUCCAGCUACAUAAACUCAAAUGUGGAUGCCGUUUUAAGAAAAAAAAUACAAAACUGUGACCUUUUGUGAUGUGCUUUAGUUUUUAACUCGCUUCUUACCUUCACAGUCAUCAACACAGCCAGUCUGAGGGCACAUCAGCUAAUCCACUACAGGGGAGAUGAAAGUUGCACCCUCGUGCAUUCCCCCCCCCUUCCCUUUGCACUGCUUGUUUAGUUUACAUUUUUUGGGGGAAAUAAAUAUUAAAUGAUACGUCUUCAUUAAAAAACAUGAAAGAAUGUGGCGGGCGAAUGAGCUUUCAUUUCGUGCAACAACAACAACAACAUCAACAACAAUCUUUAUUUAUUCUCGAAUUGAAGGAUAGCAAUAUAAUGCUAAUAUCUCCGACGAAAAAUAGCCAAAAAGAAAUAAAUUACCGCGAACUGGAAUUACUGCGGAGGCGAAAACGGUCAGCUGUUUUCAAGUCUAAUCCCGGCCAAAUACCCGCCUAAAGUACCACACGAUUCCAAAUAAGGCUAAUGCCCCCUCUACAGCGGCACAAUAUUUGUACCUAAUCCCCGCAUAGUCCUGGGGUUAAGGGAGGGGGAAUUUACACUGACUUGUGCAGAAUUCUUCACCCAUGGUAUUAAUAGCUACUCAGAUGGUAUACUCGUGAAAUUAGGAAAUUAUUUCACUUGCGUUUUGUCCAAAUCCUAAUAAUUUUUUGGACAAAACGCGCAUUAAAUUAUUCCCUAAUUUCAAUCGUCACAACUUGAUUUUAAUAAUAAAACAAAACAUAUUUAAAUCAGUUUUGUUUUUCCUCUCUAUGCUAUAAGCUUACACGCUGAGAAAUAAGUGAUCUUGUAGAUAUAGUUUAGUUCUAUUUUUAUUCACUUUUGAUUGCCAUUUAAAAGUUAGUGAAAAAAGAGUAUACAUAAGCAAGAGUCAUAAUAGUCCUAUUAUUCGUCCUAUUAUGAUCUCUGGACAUAAGGUCAAUUGAUGCUGUUACUUGUGUUUUGAACAUAUUGGUGUUAUUUGUAUUGUCGUCUUUAGGAGCAUAAUAGUUUUGUAGUUUUGGAAGAUGCACUUUCACCAGCUUGUCCAAACUAACAUUUAGGCACAGCUGACAUGGAUUAUCAAGGAUUUGACAGAUUUAUUUCUUCUUUUCGCAGCUUUAGAUGGCACAUUUGAUUGUCAAAUUGUCUUUGCUCUGGACUAUUCGUGGAGUGUGUAUGAAGAAGAUUUUGAAAAGGAAAUUGACUUUGUUAGACACGUGAACACCUCUUUUAAUCGAGAAAAUGACAUCGAGGCCGUUGUGUAUGGGAACGGUUCUGAAAUUGUCUCUUUUAAUGCUGUCCCUGGGACAUUUUCUGAUGAAGUUAAGGGUUUAAGAAACAAAGCAUGGUGUCAAAGUAAAGGGAGACGAAUGGACUUGGCACUUACAAAAGCAGCUGGCUGUUUCACUCCGAGUGCCGAUGAACAUCUAGUCAUUUUAGUAACAGCUGGUAGGCAAGUUUCUGGUGAGGAAAGCAAAGAGGAUGACCAAGAUCUUGUAUCAGCAACUGAAGAACUAUCCUCCAAAAAUAUCAAAGUCAUCCUCGUGCCCGUUGGCAAAGAGACUGAUUUUCGAGAGCUUGGGUCGAUAGUGAAGCGGCCGCAAUAUUUGUUCCCACUUUCCAGUUUUGAUGACAUGACAAGUCAAAAAGCAAGUGACAUUGCGUCUUACAUCACGAAAACUGUAGGUGGGUAG